GGCGAACGCGUCGGAAGCCAGAGAGCGCCGUGUCCCUGCGCUCUGUCGGUCAGCGGGCGCGGGCCGGCAGGAUGGAGCUGCAGCACGUGCGCCCCGUGCUUGGAUCCCAGAGCCCAGCCUGGGAGGAACCGGGGCUGCUGGUGUACCACCAUCAUCCCCAACACUCCUGUUCAGAAGAUGGGUGAGGAAAGUGGAAAGUCUAAUCAGUCAGCCGAUGACCAGUGGGAAAAAAGAGCUACAAGAUCACCUGAUCUUCAUCAGUGAGAAAGCUUUGCACAAGAGCAGGAAUGUUUUCCUGGCUGCUCAGGCUAUUUCAGAAAGAGAAUGGCGAUGAAGGAGAGACCAGACCAAAAAAGAAGGAAGAGGGAAUCCUUUCUCAUGAAAAAGGAAGAAGGAAAUGGUUAUGGAGAAGGCACAGGUCUGCUAGAAAUACUUCAACCCAAAAUUCCAAAAUGACCAAGAAGAGAUCAAAAAGAAAUGAACUAGAAGAACUGAAAUUGGAUAUGAGGAAGAUCAGCAAUGACAUGGAGGAAAUGUGUGGAAUCCUGAACCUUUACAUGUAUGAGGAUUUGAACUACAGGAUGAACACUGAAUUCAACAUCAUUAAAUCACAACAUGAGAAGACAAUGUUGGAUAUGAAUAAAAUGAUCCAGUCCAUAAUUGGUUCCAUGCAGUACUCCAAGGAACUGAUAGAAGAUAACUAUUCCUACAGCAUUAAGGAGGACCACCUCCUCCGUGAGUGCACUCAACUCAACGAAAACGUAAGGAUAUUACUGAAUGAGAACAGAAGGCUGCUGGUGGAGCAGGCUGGCCAUAAGUGUCCUGUGGGGAAGAAAAGAGGUUCUCUGAGGAGGCCACAAGAACAUCUGUGUCCCAAGUGCCAAGGAACAGCAGUGUGAUAUAGUCCAGCAGAAAGCAGAACAUGGCACAGACCACGACAUGAUCUCCCUCAAAGAGAAGUGCUGGAGGAAGAGCACUGAGUGUGCACAGGAAAUACACCACUGUUGCCUCUCAUCCCUAAUAACCAUGGCUGUAAUGGGCUGUAUGCUCCUCUUUUAUUUUGUUUCUUUGGUAUGAACAGGCCUUAAUUUCAUCUAGCCUCUGGCCCAGGAAGAGUGCACAUUUAAAGGGACUCAGAGAAAUGCUGAGACACAUCAAGAGCUGCUGGGCAUCCAGGAAGAUUCUGAGAGUUUAUAUUUAUCUUUUCCUGAUGGGUCAUCAUCAAUAAUUACAUGGAGAUCAGUCAACAAAAUUGUAAAACCUUGGAUCCAAGUCUACAACAUGUGUUCUGCUUUGACUUGGGAGGCCAUAUCCUUCAGACCCACACUCCAAAAGGAGAGUGUUGCUUAAAUUUCUCCUGCAAAGUUUGUUACCUCCAGGAACUACUUUUCUACUAAGUUGCCAAGGACAGCCACAGGCUGUAAGUCUGUGCUACAAAAUGAGCAGACUAAGAAUUUUGCUUUGCACAAUUUUUGUGGUUUGAUUUUGGUUUGAGUUUUGAUUAGUUUAGUUAUUUGUUUUUUCUUGUUUUCAUUCAAAGUUUUGUUAUUUAUUGGUUAUUUAUUGUUCUUUUAAUUAAUUUGAUAUUUUGAUAAGGUUAUACACAGUACAUAUUGACUGUCAGCUUUCAGUUACAAUUGAGUACAUUGCAUUUUUUCUUAUGACUAACACAGUGAUCUCCAACUCUUCACUCUAAGAGCCUUGUUAUUUCAGUUGUGAUCAUGAAAUCCCACAGAUAUCAGACCCAGAUGGAUCUCUAUACUCUUCAUGGGACUUGGGCUCCAUAGUUUCUUCUGAGCCGUACUUAACUACAAAGUCCUUCAUACAUUCAGUAUGGAGAGUUUGUCCAACUGUCUGGAUAGGAACUUAAUGAUGGAAAACUUACCCAUGCUGCAUCGUUGCUGUCAAAUAUUUAGCUACUGUGAAAAUCCUGUGGAUGAUGGUGUUGAACGCAUUAAUGGCAAAUACAUCAGUAUUUCUGUAAUAGCUCUCAUUAAAUCAAAGCAUAGUCUAAGGGAAUAAAAAGCUGUCAGAAAACACAGCAGUGUAUGCUUCUGCGUUCCUUCAAAUAUACAAUCACUGGUAAUUGCAAGUGGUUUCUGUGGGGGUCCUUCAAUGUUCAUUUUAUUACUUUAUGAUUCACCUGUGUCUGCCAAAAAACAUCAUUCAAAAACAAUGAAGAUUGUAAUUAGGUAUCAUCCUAUAAAAUCCUAACAAAUGCC